AUGAAGGAAAUCACACCGGGAUACUAUGAUGAUGUCAUCACUGAUGGACUGAAAGCAGAUCAAGACACACCUGAGAGCUAUGAUGAUGUCAUGACGAGCGGACACAACUCUGACAUCAAGAAAGUGGACGCACCAGAGAAUUAUGAUGAUGUCAUCAUUAAUAGACUGAGCUCUCGAGGUGUAACAGAGAGAGUUCAGGAGGAGUAUGAUGAUGUGAUGAGUGUCAGUGAAGAUGUGAGAAACCUGUUGGGAAAUGUGAGGCUGGUGGAUGGUAGUAAUUCCUGUGCUGGUAGGGUGGAGGUUUAUUAUAAUGGAGAAUGGGGAACCGUGUGUGAUGAUUAUUGGGAUUUGACAAACACUGCAGUGGUGUGUAGAGAGCUGAGCUGUGGCGUAACUUCAAACACAAUGCGUGCUGCUCACUUUGGACCAGGAUCAGGAAAAAUCUGGAUGGACAAUGUGAUAUGUAGUGGAUCUGAGUCCUCAAUAUUUGAUUGCUCAAAAACAAAAAUGGGUGACCAUAACUGUGAGCAUAGUGAAGAUGUUGGCAUUAUCUGCUCAGGCAUCAGGCUUGUUGGAGGUUCUCGCUGCUCUGGGAGAUUAGAGGUGCCUCAUGGGAACACAUGGUACACAGUCUGUGCCGCUGCCUUUGACCAGCAGGAUGCAGAGGUUGUGUGUAGAGAGCUGGACUGUGGGGCUCCUGUACAGGUGCUGGGAGCUGCUGCUUUUGAUAAAGGAGACACUCAGAUGUGGACACAAGAGAUUCAGUGCAGUGGAAAUGAGUAUCAGUUUGCUCUUUGUCCAGCAUUACCUUCACAAUUUUGUUCCCAUGAGAACGAUGUGAGUGUUGUAUGUGCUGAAACAGUGAGAUUAGUAGGUGGUAACAGUCGCUGUGCUGGUAGAGUGGAGGUUCUGCAUGAAGGUCAGUGGGGAACAGUGUGUGACAUUGGUUGGGAUUUGCCUGAUGCUGCAGUGGUGUGUAGAGAGCUUGGCUGUGGAGAGGCUUUAACUGCACCAAAGAGUGCUCACUUUGGAGAAGGAUCGGGAGAGAUCUGGGUUUCAAAUUUACAGUGUACUGGAUCAGAGUUUACAUUGACAAACUGUAGAUUCGAUGGAUGGGGAAUAGAAGCUAAUCAUGCUGAAGAUGCUGGAGUAAUCUGCUCUGGAGUCAGGCUGGUUGGAGGAUCUCGCUGUUCUGGCAGAGUAGAAGUGCCUCAUGAUCAGACGUGGAUGUCAGUGUGUGACGCUGCCUUUGACCAGCAGGAUGCAGAGGUUGUGUGUAGAGAGCUGGACUGUGGGGCUCCUGUACAGGUGCUGGGAGCAGCUGCUUUUGGCAAAGGAGACGCUCAGAUGUGGACACAAGAGAUUCAGUGCAGAGGAAAUGAAUCCUAUAUAUCUUUGUGUCCAACAUCAUCUUCUCUCAAACAAAAUUGCACCCAUGAGAAUACCAUUGGACUGUUAUGUUCUGGUUACACUGACCUCAGACUGGUCAAUGGUCCUGAAAUCUGUUCUGGUCGAGUUGAACGUCAGUACUUCAGUAAAUGGGGCACAGUGUGUGAUGUAUGCUGGGAUAUGAGAGCUGCCAGUGUCCUCUGUAGACAGCUGAAUUGUGGGAUUGCUGUGUCUGUUGUGGGAUCAGACUGGUUUGGAGAGGGAAGUGCUGAAAUCAGGGCUGAUGUGUUUGAUUGUGAUGGGAAUGAAACAAAACUCUCAGAAUGUUCCAUCUCUUCAUGGAGUCGAGCUGAAUGUUCUCAUAGACGAGAUGUUGGAGUCAUCUGCUCUAAUUCCUCUCUGGCUCUUCAUGAUGGUCUAGUGCGGUUGUCUGGAGAGAGACAGUGUGAGGGGGAGGUGGAAGUUUUCAUCCAUCAGGUCUGGAGAAGAGUUCUGCUGGACUCCUGGAGUCUCACUGAAUCCUCUGUGGUCUGCAGACAGCUGGGCUGUGGCUCUGUGCUGAACUUCUACGGCUCCUCUUCAUCCAGACCUGAACACAGUCAUGAGUGUGUGACGGGCUUCCAGUGCUCUGGGAGUGAAGCUCAUCUGGGGAACUGUAGCUCUCCACAAACUCUCAACUGCAGCUCCACACAACAGCUGUCAAUCACCUGCAUCGGUCGUGGGUCCAUCAGGCUGGUGGGUUCUGGGGGAGACUGUGCAGGGAGGCUGGAGGUUUUUCACAGCGGCUCAUGGGGGACAGUGUGUGACGACUCCUGGGAUAUUAAAGAUGCUCAUGUGGUGUGCAGACAGCUGCAGUGUGGAGUGGCCCUCAGUAACCAGCAGGUACCAGCCUGGUUUGGUCCUGGUUCUGGAUCCAUAUGGCUGGAUGAGGUGGAGUGUGAGGGGAAUGAGACGUCCCUGUGGAGCUGCUCUUCUCCAGGCUGGGGAAAACAUGACUGUCAACACAAGGAGGAUGUAGGAGUUGUGUGCUCAGAGUUUAAAGAGAUCAGGUUAACUGAGGGCUGUGAAGGGAAUGUGGAGGUUUUCUACAAUGGAUCCUGGGGUAAUGUGUGCUGGAACCAGAUGGACGGCGACACAGCAAGUCUGAUCUGUCAGGAGCUGAACUGUGGAAGAUCUGGGGUUUUGUCUGCUUCUACACCAAGAGUGAAAUCAGCUCCUAACUGGCUGGAUAAAGUUACAUGUCGUCCACAUGAUUCCACUUUAUGGCAGUGUCCAUCUUCAUCCUGGGGACAGAAUGACUGCGGUGAAGAUGAAGUGGCCAAAAUCACCUGCUCAGAGGAGGAAACUCGUGAGUUGCCUCAGAGUCGUCUGACAUGUUUUACCUCACCAUCUCCUUACCAGAGACAGUGUGCAAAUUAUGUUCCUCUCAGACUGAGUGGAGGGGAGGGCCGUUGCUCUGGGAGGCUGGAGGUGUAUCAUAACACUGUGUGGGGCUCAGUCUGUGAUGAUCAGUGGGACAUCAGCGAUGCUCAGGUGGUCUGCAGGCAGCUGGGUUGUGGAGCUGCACUGAGGGCUGAUGGGAAUUCAACAAUUAGUGCUGGUGAAGGUGUUGUGUGGAUGAACAAAGUCGAGUGCAGAGGGAAUGAGAUUCACCUGUGGGACUGUCCUCUCUCCCUGAAUAACCACACUGACUGCUCCCGCAAAGAGCACGCUGGACUCACCUGUGCAGGUUUGCCAGAUGUGUCAGUGUACACUUCUCCUGCCUCAACAACAUCAGCUUCUCCUCCAGUUUCUCCUCCAGUGCGCUCAACAUCAGUCUCUCCUCCACAAACUCCUCCAUCAGCGUCUCUCUCCGUCCCCGCAGUGCUUGUGAUUGUACUGGGAGUUGUGCUCUUACUGCUCUUAGUGCCACUGCUUAUACUGAUUCAGCAGAACAGAGUGAUGAGGAGAGCUCUCUCUAAGAGGAGACACAGGACGACGACUGAGGCCGUUUAUGAGGAGAUUCAGCACAGACACAAUCACUUCACUCAGAGGGGGAGUCUCAUCUCUGAAGAACUGCAUUCUGGGUAUGAAAAUGCUGAUGAGCUUCCCUCAGAUGCAGAAGAGAUGGUGAAGGAAAUCACACCAGGAUACUAUGAUGACGUCAUUACUGAUGGACUGAAACCAGACCAUGAGACAGAAGACCGACAUGAGAGCUAUGAUGAUGUCACGACGAGCGAACAGAACUCUGACAUUAAAAAAGUGGACACACUAGAUUAUGAUGAUGUCAUCAUUAUUGGACAGCACUUUCAAGGUGUAACGAAGGGAGAUCAGGAGGAGUAUGAUGAUGUGAAGAACAGCAAUGAAAAUGAGAGAAACCUGUUAGACUAUGACGAUGUGGGGGAGUAGUCAAAUAAAGAGGGAGGGGCCAUAUGACUCAAUGGCUACACUCUCUGCCUCUGUUCAUGAAAUCAUAUUACAGUUGCUGGGAGCUUCUCAUAUUGCUACUAAUGCAUCAGUGCCUUAUGUUUUUAUGUUAUUUUAAAUAUUUUUGUAUGAAAAGUUACAUGCUUUGCAAAAUUCAGUAUCAACAAAUUUGUAUUUUAGCAUUUGGUCUUUUAUUUCUAUUUUGAUAUCAAUGCUUUUCUCCUAAUAAACAAAAGAUAUCAUUCCAACAUCAUGUCACAAAAUUACUUUUAAAAGAGCGGUUAGAGAAAAGAAGAAGUUAUGCUAUAAAUGUGUAAGUAUGUACUUUUAGGCUGCUGACAGCAUUAUUUACCUAAAUAU